AUGGAGUCGGAGCCGCCGCAGCGGUGGGCGGCGACGUACACGAAGCAGGUGAAGCAGAAGCGAAAGGCCUACCAGGACGGUGCCCUCCUCCUCUACCCCGCCUCAGGCCGCCUCGUCCUCCUCGACGAUGCCGGCGAUACCCUGGAGUCCAGAUUCCUCCGCUCCAGUGAGGAAAUCUCCUCUGGGGCCGCACUCUCCUUCCAGGCCCACCUCGUCGACGUCGGCGAGCCCGAGGACGGCCCCGCCAGGUACACAUCCUCCUCCGCCUCUGCCACCGCUGGUUCCAGGAACGCGCGCCGCGGCGGUGGCGCCAGGGCGCGCCCUCCGAGCUCGGGGAGGGUGUUCCCGCCACGCGUGCCCCGCACGUUUGUGAACCCGUCGAAGAGUCCCGGCUGCGGUGAUGGAGGCGAAGGUGAAACAGCGGGUUCUGGCAGAGCCGAUGUGGCGGAAUCGAAGUUCCAAGAGUGGACCGCGCUUUACACCUCCCAGCUGACUCAGAAGGCUAAGAAGUACCAUGAUGGCUUGGUGAGGCUUGUGCAAAUUGGUCCUCAAGUGAAGCAGAUCGUUUUGCUCGAUGAAGAUGCCCAAGUACUGUGCAGCAGGCAUCUCAAGUCAGGGGAAUCCGUUGAAAGUGGGAAGAAAUGCCAUUUUCCUAAUUAUCUGGUAGAUAUUUGUGAGGCCAAAAAUCAGAAUAAAGAGCAUACCUCAGAGGAAUCUAUGGUGCACACAAAACCAAUGAAUGGGAAGAGUACAAGUAACAAGAUGGGAAUGGGUGCAUUGAAUCUUGAGAACACUGACUCAGAAGUCACUGCUAGCUCUGGCAAGCCAGAGACUGACAAUGCUGAAGCAGUGUCUGCUGACCAACCAGGGAGCCUUAUCGAAGCAGAUUCAGAUUUCAAAGAAUGGAAUGCCUUGUAUACCACCCAACUAACUCAAAAGGCAAAGAAAUACCAUGAUGGCAUCAUAAGGCUCAUGCAAAGUGGCUCACACGCAAGGCAGAUUGUUUUAUUGGAUGAAUAUGGUGAAGAGCUUGGCAGCAGAUACCUCAAGUCAGUUGAAUCUGUUGAAAGUGGGAAGAGAUUCCAGAUGCCUAACUAUCUUAUUGAUGUCUGUGAGUUUAGAAAUCAGAAGAAUGAGCCUAGACACUCUUCGAAGGAGGCUUUGAGUCAGACAGGACUGAGAAAUGAAGAGAAUACAAGUGACAAACUGAGUGGAAAAAGUAAAUCACCAAAGUUUGUUAGUCCAUUUAAGUGCCAAGAUCUUCGGAAGAGUCACUGGGAAAGCACUACAAGCUCCAAAAGGCCACAGAUUGGCCCAACUUCCAGUAACUUGGAUGCUCCACCAAAUUUCAAUGAUCCUUGGAGUAAAUCAGACUACAAUGUCAAUAGAAGGGCUGACUGUAGUGAAUCAGCAUUUGACAUACAGAGGGCCACAGCUACCAAUCCUUGUCCUGCAUUUGGCAAAUUAAGUUCUACCAGGGAUCUGCCACAGUUUCAUGGUACUGGAGCUUAA